AAGAGUCAAACAGCUUCAAAGUGUUCUGGGCAGACCUCUUUACCUGCCUGCCUGUCAGCGAGAUCAUUUCAAACAUGCUGGUCACCGUGCUUUUCUCCCUCCUGCUGUCUUCUGUCAUUGCUGCAGAGAAAGAUGAAGCCCUUCCAAGGCUGAAUGACGCCAACGCUGCUGAGGCCUUCAUCGACUCUGCCGAGGUGGUGGUCAUCGGAUUCCUGGAGGGAGAGGACAGUCCUGGCUUUAAGGAACUUGUUGCAGCUGCAAAGCGAGUCGACUCGGUCCCUGUUGCCAUCUGCUCAGAGAAAGAAGUGUGGGCUGACUACAAGGUGUCCUCAGACAGCAUCACACUUUUCAGAAAGGCUGAUAACCACCAGGACAGCCUCAUUCUUUCUGAGGCCAAGAAGAUAGAAGCUGAUGGUCUGGUUAACUUCAUCUCCACCAACGAGGUCCGCUACAUCACAGAAUAUAAUCAAGUGACAGCAGUGGGUUUGUUCAACUCUGAAGUGAAGGCACACCUCCUGCUGUUCGCCAACAGAGGGACAAAAGAGUUCACAGCCCUCAAGAAGAAACUGAGGGCUCUGGCCCCAGAGUUCACAGGAAAGUUUUUGUUUGUGCUCCUUAAUGGAGCAGUGAAGUCAAAUCUCAAGGCACUGGGCUACUUUGGCCUCAAGUCUCAGGACCUCCCACGAGUUGGUAUCUAUGACAGUGAUGCUGACAUGAAGUGGCUCCUUCCUGAAGGAGAGAUCUCCACUGAACGAGUGAGAGAUUUCUGCCAGUCCUUUCUACGGGGGGAACUGAAGGACGUGAAGCAGGCUGGAGCGGAACCCAAAACUGAACUCUAGAAGAAACACAUGUAAAUGAAUUAUUAUCUAUUCAAUGAAAACUUUUAAUAAAAGUGUCUUAAUUUUG